ACUUAAUUAUCAUUACAGCUAACUGCCUCGAAUGAAGUAGUUUGCCAAUGCCUUGUAAUGAUGCUAUAGUAACUGUUCGUACAGUUAUUACAACGGUUUAAUUUCAUUUAUUGGGCACAUUUGAACGAUAAGUUUGUUCCACAUUUAAUUCUUGUAUCAUCUUUGGCGCCUCUGGUUAUGGUUUGAGAUAGCCUUAGAAUUUCGUAAGCGAUUAUUUCAAGUUAUGUGUAUCAGAACCAAACACUUGUUAUUUUCAGUGAGCUUGUGUUUCCGCAUUGCGAGCAGGAGGUGACUAGUGUUUAGACAAACAUAUUAGUGCACAUUACGUACCUGUUCUGUUCGGCAAUUACGAAAAAUACCAGAUCGACGUGUGGUGGAUUAGGAGAGCACUCAUGGACUCCAAGGGAACUAGUUGGCUGAAAAAAGGGAAGAAUGAAGUAUAUGCUGAACCAGGCUCCUUGGUUCAGUUACGCACAUCCACCAUGAAAGUAAAAGAAGAAUUGGAUGAGCAAGUGAACCAACAGUUUCUUCAAGAUCCACCAAGGAUUGUAAUGCCUAGUCUUUGUAUAAAGCAAGACCUAGAACUGAAACGGGAUUUAGAUGGCAUUGAGCAUGAUGUAAGUUUUCACUUCAAUCAUGCAUUGUGCAUGAAGUACUGUAUGAAUAUCAUGAAAUGCAUUGGGUGCAGUAAAUUCCAGUGACCAUAAAUGAUGAAACAUUAAAACCGAGGAUAUUAGCACUUCUCCAGAAUUUUUAUAAUAUUUCAAUUGACUGUAGGUAUAUUGUUCUGUUGUGUGUAAUGGUAUUUGAAUGAAACUUGUAGGAAACAUAAGUUUAUUAACUGUAACACAUGGUAAUUUUAUUGUACAUGUAAAUAAUAAAUGUCUCAAAUUUGUUCAUGGAACAAAUGUACCUAAUAAGACUUCUUUGCAGCAGCUGUCAAUUUAUUUGUCUCUGUCAGAGUUCUGUAAUAGAAAAGAUGUAAGAGGUAAAGCAAUCAACUGUAAGCAGUAUGUUAUCAGAUAAGUAUGGUAUUUGUCAUACUACUUCUUUUCUGUGAAGUAUUUAAUGAAAAACAUACUGCAUUACUGGAAUUAUGUUUGCUCUGUGUAAAGACAAUGGGUUUAUCCAGUAUGCAUGACAUAAAUUUACAGUGUAAUGGAACAUUGCUUAUCCCAAACUGCUUGCAAAGAGAAAACAUUGUGAUAGCAAGAAUUCUUGUAAACAGCAUUAAAUUUAGCACGUUACAGUGAUAGUGUGUGAAAUUCCAUAUUCAUUUAAUUAACUAUCACCAUAGUGUACUAAUUUUAAUGCUGAUGAAGGUUUCUCAGGUCUUAAGCUGCAUGGUAGUGUUGAUAUCUCGCAACGUUUCAGGAAUUGUCAUACUACCCAUCUCCUGGCGAAGUGUCAAGAUUGGCGGAGAGCGGGUUAUUUAUUUGUGUGGUCACCCCGCUCCACUAGACCUUGGGUAGCCGCGGUGGACCAGUGGCGUGCACACGGUGAUGGUGAUGAGUCGCCCUUGGCAGCCAUGUUUGGUUCUCGGUGUAAGCAUCCUGUCUACGUCCCUGGCGGAGGACGUUGAUGGGUAAGCUCCCGAUGGACUGCCGCUAUUGCAGAGUUCCAUGCUGCUCCAAGUUGAGAUCCCUCAUCUCUGUUGACCAGAUUGUUGUAAAUCCUUAUUUCUAUGGAUUCUUUGAUAAUGAUUUCCCAGAAGCCAGAUGCUCGGCACUGUACCUUUGUGUUCGAAGUUGAAGG